AUGAAUGCCAUCGAUCGCUUGAAUUACUCUGCUGACUAUGGUUUUGAGGAUGCUUUCGAGCUCUACCACAAAAUCCAGGAAGACAAUCAACGACGAGCUCCCAGCACUGAUGGUAUAGGUCUCCCUGCCUUAGGCCAUGCUGUAGCAGGCUCUGCUGGCACCGCUUUGUCGCAUAUCAUUCUUUAUCCUCUCGAUCUCGUCAUCACUCGUCUCCAAGUCCAGCAACAGCUGAAAACCCCUGGCGAGGCUCCCUCGGCCGCAAAAGAAGCAGACGAUGCUGAAUACACCAGUCUCGCCGAUGCAGCACGGAAGAUAUACACACAUGAAGGCGGGCUCCAGGCCUUCUGGAAUGGCUGCGCUGCAGAUACCGCAAAAAGCAUCAUUGACAGCUUUUUGUUCUUCCUCGCAUACACAGCUUUCCGACAGCGUCAACAGAAGAAAUUGGGCACCAAGACCCUGCCUGUUUUCAACGAGCUGAGUGUCGGCAUAGCUGCUGGAGCUUUGUCGAAAUUCGUCACAACUCCUAUUCAACAGAUCGUUACCAGGAAACAGACUGCUGCUCUGAUUGCUGCAAGAGACAAGACAUCUACUGUACCACCAGGCAUGGCAUCCAAGCUCAGCGUCAAAGACAUCUUCCUCCAAAUCCGUAGCGAGCGUGGUCUUGGAGGCUUCUGGGCUGGUUACAGUGCCAGUUUGAUUUUGACACUCAACCCUGCCUUGACCUUUUUACUCCAGAAUCUUUUGAAGAGGACGCUGCUCCCGCGCUCUCAACGCGAUAAACCAGGACCCAAAGCCCUGUUCUUGAUUGCCGCUUUGUCAAAAGCCAUAGCAUCAACAGUCACCUACCCCUUCAGUCUAGCCAAGAGCCGUGCCCAAGUAUCCCGUCCCAUGGCAGAAGACACACAACGCACACCAGAAAAACCAGAUCUAUCUUCUGACCCCAAGAUCACUGCCAGAUCCCGAAAAGUGCUGCGACUAGUAUUCUGGCAACAGAUCCAAUCACUUGCCAUUAUCCGCUCGCUAACCAACAUCUACAACACUGAAGGUGUGAGAGGCCUGUACAGCGGUGUUGAUGCCGAAGUUAUCAAAGGCUUCCUCGGCCAUGGCCUUAGUAUGGUUCUCAAAGAGCGCAUCCACGUCCUCCUCAUCUCAGCCUACUACGCAAUCCUCAAGGCCACAAAACAGUGGCCGCAAGAUCUUGGCUCUGUGACUGAACAGGCAAAGAAUGAACUCGACAGAGUCAAAGGUGCAGCGGUGGAUAUGGCAGAAAGUGCCGUUGAGGCUGGCAAGGAAGCUGGCCACCGCGUGCAGAAUGUUGGCGAGACUGUUGUCGAAGGCGUCAAGAACGCAGUCGAAAACAGUAAUGUCGGCGAGAGCGUGCAGAACGUCAGCAGCAAUGUUGGCGAGAGAGUGCAGAACAUUAGCGAGACUGUGGUCGAGGGGGUCAAGAACUCGGUCAAGACCACAGAAGAGUAA